UGAAGGACAUUUGCUGGUCAGGGUUACUUCCGGUGUCGGUAUAAAGUUCGUCUGAACAAUCUAAUGACAAACAAAACAAAAGGCGUUUUUUUACCAUUUAUAAAUUAGGUAUACUUUAUAAUAGGAGUGAAACAAUACUAUCAAGACAAGACAGAAUAUACCUGUUUUCAACUCGGCAGAUACGUUGUAUCUGUGUCUUCCUGGUGUGAUUACAUUAUUACAUUGUCCCAUGCACCUGCAACAUACAUAUAGGCAAAACAUUUUUAGUUGUCCAGGGUAGGUGUGUCUUUCACGCUUACGCAGAGAUUUGAUUUUUAUAAUCUAAUUCCGUAUCGUUGCAGUUUUAAAAAACACGGAAGUUAAGCGAGGACGCGGAAUGUAACGAUUCCAUUGUAAUUGCUGUUACACAUUUCUUAACUGUAUUAUCUAGUAGUAUCAGAAGAAUCGAAAAAUCAGAAGAAAAAAUAAUCCAGUUUGCACCCAUAGGAAGUACAACUCAAGACUACAACUUUUGGACGCUGCUCGGGCAAGAAUUCACAGAUUAUGCAUGGGGCAAGAAAAGCAGUUCUGGCUCGGCUGGCUGUGUUUCUGUUGCUUGUAAUGGCAGCCAUGAAAUGGUUCUUAAACUCAAGUGAUAGGGAACACAUUUCUGAACCUGAUAUGUUCUGGGGGAAAAGAAAGGGGAAUGUCAUGCUACCAGAGGAAGAAAGGAAAGUUCAGGAUUCCAAAUUAGAGCCCCAGGAGACAGAAAAACAGGAACAGAAACCAGACCAGCAAAAACAGGACCUGGAAAAGCCAAAGCUUCAUCCAGUCAAGGAUUUCAGCUCCACUCAGAUGAGGAUCAUCCACCUUGAUCUUAAAGGGGCCCCUCCCAAAGUCUCUUAUUUAGAACAGAUAUUUCCGCUUCUGUUCAAACUGGGUGCCAAUGGGCUUUUAAUUGAGUAUGAAGACAUGUUUCCCUAUACAGGAGAGCUUGAAAUCCUCAAGUCAGAGAACGCUUACAGUGUGGAAGACAUUGAAAAAAUCCAGCACCUUGCAGAACUAAAUCAACUGGAAAUCAUCCCAUUGGUGCAGGUCUUCGGACAUUUGGAGUUUGCUCUGAAGCACGAGAAAUAUCACGCUCUGCGCGAGGUGACCAAGUUCCCCAACAGCCUGAACCCCCACAUGCCAGACUCCCUAUCACUGGUGAAGGGCCUCAUCUCGCAGGUGAUAGACAGACACCCCAAAGCCAGCUGGAUCCACGUUGGAGCAGACGAGGUAUUUAAUCUCGGGGAAGGACAGGAGUCCAAAAACUGGCUGAACAACAACAAUGGGGACAAGGGGAAGAUGUUCCUAAAUCACAUGAAGGAGGUUGGGGGCUUCAUCAUGAACAAGUACCCCGGGGUCAGCCUGCUCAUGUGGGACGAUAUGAUGAGGCAGAUCAGCGUAGAGAAACUAGAAGAGUCUGGUAUUACCCGCUUUGCAUCCCCCAUGAUAUGGGACUAUAGUUCCAAGUUAAACAUAGAAGGGAUUGACAAGUACAUAUCUAACUACGCUAAGGCAGGGUUCAAAACGGUGUGGUUCGCCAGUUCUUUUAAAGGAGCGUCAGGCCCUGCUCAGAUCUGGACUCCGAUUGGUCAACACAUGAACAACCACUUAUCGUGGCUGAAGGUCAUCAAUGCAAUGGAGAAACACACCUCUAUUCGCUUUCAAGGCAUUACACUAACCGGCUGGCAGAGAUACGAUCACUUUUCAGCUUUGUGUGAACUCUUUCCUGUCGCCAUUCCUGCAAUGGCUGUCUGCUUGCAGAGUCUGGUUCAUGGUGGGUUUAAUGAUGAAGCGAGAAAACAGACGCUGAAUAUCCUGGGCUGUAAAAGUAUCAACCUUAACAAGAGCCUCUGUGAAGGAGGUGGUGCUUUUGUUGGCUAUGAAAUCUAUCAGAUGGUUCACCACAUCAAAGAAAACCUGAAGAUGCAAAUUGAUCAAAUACUUCAAGAUAGGCACAUCAAAGGGUCGUUUUCUCGCUACCACAGAAAGUAUCGCUUUGCAAACCCGAGAAACAUGGAGAUGUUUGGAGACCAAAUAUUGAAGCUUCACGACGACUGGGAGAAAGUCAUCCAGGACUUGUACAUUUCUAUGGGGAAAAUCUAUUUCCCAGACACAGUGGAAGAAUGGAUGGAAGAGAAUGUCUAUUUUUAUAUGGACCAGCUUAGGGAGCUGGUCAAAGACUACAAGCAGAUCAUUCAACUGAACGGCAGACCGAAAACUUCUUAAGAUGGUAGGGUUUAAAAAUCGUAAUCGAGGAAGUGUUUAAAACGGACCUGUACCUGCCUGUACAUGGCUAUGACGUACUUCUUGUUGUAUCUGUUUUCAAGCAUGUUGGACCAUCUGAGUUGUUUUUUCAUUCAGUAAGAAAUAAGGAAACUGUCUUUUCAUAUAAACAAAUCACGCAGAGCAGGGCGUGCUGUACACCGUAAGGUUUACUGAAGAAAUUAAUUUUUCAUAGCUAACUCAAAUAACGUAAGAAAAUAAUACACAAUAUUCUCUUUCCUAUUCUCAGUCAUUUUUUUUACUAUCUUCUAUUCCUAGUUAUUUUAGCCUCUUACAGUACCUAUUCAGGAUACCCAUAUGCUGCGCUUAUAUUGAUAUGAAAAUUUUUGCAUAUGCAAUGAAGCCUCCCUUUAAGACUGCUAUGGAAUUUGGUUCUUCCAUAUUCAAAAUAAAGAGCUUCAAAAACAGUAGCCUUAUACAGAGAGAGUAAGAUUUAAUUGCAAUGUGAUAAUAAUAAUGCCCAGAUAAAUGCAUAUACUAAUAGAUACACACACAUACUCAUUCAUUUUAAUCAUAAUUAUUUACUUUAAACUGUGAAUCCCAUACCAAGCCACCACUGUGUCUCGCUAUAAUAGCAUGCAUUAGUCUUAUAGUGAGUUUGCAUUGCUUACCAUAUUUUAGCUGUCACUUCAUUAUUGUAUAUUUCAUGAACAGGUUAUUUUUAUAGAGCAAGGUACUAUGACAGGCUACAGUAGGCAAUACAGUAAUAUUGUAUUUUCAAAAUGUUUGCCUCUCAGGGUUGACAAGGUAAUUUCUGCGGUUUUUCUUCUUUGUGCCCUGUGUUGCACCACGUUGUGACUAAUGGUUCAAGAUAAUGUAGAACAAGGGUAUCCUGGUUCCUAGCCCAUAGCUCGUUAGUUAGGAUUUAGGGGUGGCUUCACAAGCCCUAGUGAACACUAAUGCCUAAAAUAAGAUCUGUGAACUUAUUAGGUUAGAGAGUUAAACCAUAUUUAUGUUUAAUAUAAAAAAUAAUGACAUGUUACUGAGAUGUAAGUUAAAUGAAGGAUUUAUUAUUUGCUGUUGUUAAAUCUUCAGGUUGCUGCUUAUUAAUUCGAGGUAUGCUUUUGUAACUUGAAAGAAAAAGCCACAGAAGUAAAAAUCUGUUCAAAUGUAAGCAAUUUCACAUUUCUAAUCAAUUAGAAUUGUGGGCUGCUUUUAUAUUGCACUUUACAUUUUGUUAUACAAGUGAUAAAGCUUUGCUAAAACAAAAUCAAAUAUUAAAUUAAUACAUACAAUAAAAAUGUUCAAAUAGAUGAACCUGUAGUUAUCUUUCAGAUACUGAAUGGUUUGCGGAGUUACCUGGUUUUGAAAAUCAGUUCAUCCUUGUUUGCUGAUUUGCUUAAAAACUCUACUUGCACCCACAUUGCAUCAGUACUUCUAUAAUUCAGUAAAGUAUAAAUGGAAAUGUGUUGCUGCAUUUUCUGCAUUAGAAACCCUGAGCUUUUUAAGUUUGUUCUGUUUAUUUCAUGCACUGCCGCACAACUGUACAUUAUGCAUGAAGUAUAUGUAUUGAAUAUAUCCAUAUAUGUAUAAGUGAAUGAGACUCUGGAAACUAAAAAGCAGCAGAUCUACACACUAUUGUCCAUAAAGCUGUUCUAAUGUUGACAUACAUCUUGCUGUUUGUAUUUAUUUAGUGAUGGUUUUAAAGGGGGAGAGGUGCAAAAAUAAACUGGGAAAAUAAAGGGUGGUGGUAUUUAGAUUCGUUUCUCUUUCAGCACUGCAGACAUAUAUUGAGAUCUAGAAAUAUAUAUUCUUUUCAAUAUACUGAUAUACUGUCAUGGUUUAAUUAUUCUUCUCUGAGCUUGAGCACUGAAACAGUUAAUGGGCCCUGUAUUUUUUUUUUCUUGUAACAGUUGUGCUGUAAAAUAUAUGAUCUAAAAGAAUACUGUGGAUGUACUAAAUGUAAAGUAUUUCUAUGAGUAUGCCUUUUAUUAUUUGUAUAUAAUGGUGCAUUUGUUUGGGGGUUUGUGAUAAUGCAAAUAAAAACAUUUCAGAUUGGUUUGCA